UCAACUGUCAAACUUCAAUUUAAAAUCGGAAAUCGACCGAAGUUGCUUGUUAGAAUAAUAUGUUAGAGUACCAUUUAUUCUUAAAAAAUUACUUAAAUAUCCAUAAUACUAUGUCUGACAAAAAUGAAGACGUAGAAGAACUUAAAAAGAGAAAUGUAGAACUAGCGAAGGCUUUAGAGGAGUCGAAAAUUGCGGCAGCGCAAAGAGAUAGAGAAAAAUUGAAUCUCAUACGAGAACGAAACGAAUUAAAAUUAAAAUUAAACAGAAUUCGUAGUGGUGGUGCAGCUCAAAUAAGGCAACUGGACGCGGCACUCCAAGAUGCGAUUCAGGAGACACUCACUCAUUUGGUGCAAGCGUCCAAUGCUGUCGCUAGAACUAUGGAAUUGGCUAAAACAUAUAUGCGCGAUAGACAAGAGCUGGACGCGUCAUCUCCGCGCUGGAGCAUGCUUAGCGGGACUCCGGUUGCUGCUGAGAGGGAGAGGGUGAACAGAGUUCCCCCACUGCUGAUUGGUGGUCAGUCCAUCCAGCCUGUGGUUUCACUUAGCCGCACUUUGCUCAAUAGUAGCACUUCAUCUACAAAUAGAAGUCCUAACCAGCAAAACCGCAAUGUCACAGAGCGAGCAGUGCCCAUGCAUGUCUUACAAGAUGUGUACAUACCUCUGACAAGGAUAGAUGCAGCAGAACUGAUGGGCAAUCAGGAGGAGGAGGAAGAUGAGGCUAACAAUAUUGAAAACAGUACUGAAGAUCUGGGAUUGGAUGACAGUGCUGAGCAAGAAUUAGAGGAAUCACAGAAUGACAAUAACGCUGCAUUCAUGAGUCCGCAAUUGCUGGAAACGGUAAUUGAAGAGGAGGAACAAGUGAGUGGUGACCGGACACAGUCACCCGCAACUGCAAGCAGAAGUUGUACAGACAACCCACUGGAGGGUCCGAGUUGGUUGCUUGAUGUUCAUCAGGAUACUCAGACAAAUGGGGCUGAGAGCCGCGUCACCCUGGAGCCGGACUCCACCACUGAACAGCAAGAGGUGGAGAACAGCGCAUCCACGUCAGCAGUACACAAGCAACAGAUGAAUGAGGUGUCGCCGGUCGUGGGGGGUGCGGCGGGUGCGGGGGGCGCGGCGGGGGGUGCCUUCACCCCCACCGUGCGCCGCCGCAAGCGCACCUCCUCUCCGCACCAACCUCCCUCGCGCAGGAACAGUAUCAACAAGCGAGUGCUCAAAGUUGUAGUCGCGAAGAUGAAAUUCGACGACGAGGAAUUCUCAAGCUCAUCGCCACCUAAGAAGAUGAAGCUCCACUCGUCACCCCGGCCGUCUCCGAUCCUGCAGUCACUUCACCAGAAGCCGGGUAAAAGUGCGCCAGCGCCGGCGCAGGACCAACCCGAGGAUGAUGUCCUCUCGCCCAUCCUGCAGAUGAAAGUCCGCCCCAAGGUCGUCAUCGACUCGACAAAGGAUUUAUCGCGGUUUGACGCGCCCAGCCCCAACGGCGCCACUGACGCACGCGUCAUCAUCGUGUCAGAGACAAACACAACGGCAUGCGGGUCUGGCGAGGUGCAGCCGCCGCGCCGCAGACACAACAGCGCGCGACAACUCUCCGACACCUCGCGCGACACUGACAGCGACCUCGCCACACACACACACACGCACACGCACGCCACGCGCAGAGACACCAACAAGCCUCGAGACACCGCCGCCUCCCGCCGAGACACCACCACCUCUCGCAGAGACACCAGCGCCUCUCGGCGUGACACUGACGAGACUAGACGUGACAACAGUCGCAGCGUGACGCCGGAGAGUGACGGCGGCGUCGAGAGACAGGAGGGACGCUCCAGAAGACCGAGGAAACAAGUCGUGUAUAGAGAGAAACCCCUCAAUAGAAAACUACGAAGGUGAUCAAAAAGCGAGAUAUUUGCUGCGACAAAAUAUCUACUCAUAUGUAUGUUGUAUGUUUGAAUGUGUAUGUCUUUAUAAAGAUUGUAUGUCGAGGAAUUUUACACAUAUAUUUACGUAAUCUGUUACUAUGUUAAAUUAUUGUCAGUCGUUAAUUAUUUGACAAUUAUUGUUGUAGUUUUGUGUUUUCUCCUCCCUGUCAUUGUCUUUGAUAAAUCAGAGACAACGACAUGUGUCAAUUGAAGUGUCACCUGUCAUAUUGAUUGAACUGUGACGUCAUGAUCCACGUCAUCGUUGGUUUCUAAAUGUAUGUACUUAUUAUUAAUGAACUGACUGAACGUUGUUUUAUGGUUAUUUAAAACUGAAUGAUUUAUUUAUAUAUUUGUAAAAGUAGACGAAGAGAUACUUUAUCUCUUUAAAUAUCUCUUUUUAUAAUGCAUACUAAGUAUUUCUAAUUAUUUAUAAGUUUUAUUAUAAUAAUAUUAUAGAUCGACUCUUAUCUGACUCGAUGGGCAAAGGUAAACUAUGAUAGCUCACUAACGAUCCCUUGUCAACUUCAAAAAGUGUGACAAAAUCCUUAUAGUAUAUAGUCAAACACGCUUAUUUGGCCCGAUGAGAGGCUGUCGCAGUUAGUUUUGGAAAAUAAAGCAAAGCAAACCUAUAUGGGUAAAGAAAAUGACAAAAGAACCAUAACAAGACAGCUACUUUACAAUUGUCAGGGGGGCGCUAGUGAGCUAUCAUAGUUAGAUUUAUGCCGACCGGGUCAGAUAUUUUUGUCGGUCUAUUGCCUUGUAUUUUUUUUUAUUUUAUGUAAUUUUCUAUGUCUUUAUAGGUUUUAUAUGUUUCUUAGCUGGCAGUACGAUAUUUAGAUUAAAAAUAUGUAUGUUUCCUGUAAGACUGAUAGACAAGUUUUGCAUUUAUUUGUUGUAAAAAAUCUAAUAUGAUUAUUGUAUUUGUGAAGUCUCAGGCAUUCACUUAAUGGAUUU